AUGCUGCGUCACGUAUGUUGUGCUCGUGUGGCCGUAGUGAGCCGCCUCUACCGACUGCCGUCAACUGGUGUGAUGCUCUGCUCGAGGAGGACUCACACGACCACGCCAUCAUCAUCAUCAUCAUCAUCCUCGCAACAGCAAACACAAGAGGGAAAACAGUUCGAUGACGCGGCGGUCAAUGAGGAGAUCCAUUCACAGCAGCAGCAGUUAAAAGAGCAACAUGAGGACGCUGCAACUGCAGCGCCACUGUCUUCUUCGUCUUCCUCAGCCGAUGCUUCUGCUUCCCCAGAGGAUGAUAUCAAGAGUGCCAACACUGACACAAUUAAAGACGUUGUUUCACCUGAAGUAGAGCCUGUGCGUUGGGUGCAGAAGCCCUACGUUGACCCUUCGACAGAGCCUAUUAUUGAUGAAAAGGGUGAGUACAUCGUCUCCCGCGUACAGUGGCCAACAGGUGAGAUAGCGUACAGCACCCCUCCGCCCCCUGACGGCAAACUGGCCCCGCGCUUCGGCUACAAUGUGGUGCAGGUAAAGAAGGAUGUAUCAUGGUGGAAGCACUACCAGAAGUACCCACGCAUUUCCGUGGCCUACAUUAACAUCCAAGUUCUUUUCCUCCUCGGUGCUGCGUGGUUGGUGGCAUUCCUGUCGGAGGAGUACCGCAGAACGACGGACGAGUUGAAGACACCAGGGGCGAUGGUCGGCGAGCACCGCGGUCGCGGCCCCGUCGGCCGGCAGACGCAAAAGGUCGCUUUCACCAGUGAUGAGAUGUCAGCCCUCGUGAAUAAGGCUCAGAACAACUGGCUCGAUGCCAAGGGGGAGGCCAAUUACAUUGGUUCAAAGGAUUACAGCAUGAAAAAGAUCCCACGCCCGAAGGAGUUCAGUGUGGACGACUUCCGGAAGCGCUAG